AUGCUUGCUGAUAUGAAAGAAAUACUAAUAGCCGUUUCAACACUCCUGUAUAUCCUUGGUCUCCUGGGGCACAUUUUCAUUAUUGUUAUAAACAUUAAGGAUUUCAGGGAGAACAAAGGCCUCUCGCCAGGCGAUUUAAUACUGUUGAGUCUGGGUGUCUCCAAUAUCCUUCUUCAAAGUGACGAGUACAUAUUUGUUAUAUGCUCAGUACUAAACCAAGCCUGCUAUCUUGGACGAUGUUUUAAUUUUGCUGAUAUGUUCUGCAGUGCUGUUUGCUUAUGGUUUCUGACUUGGAUCUGUGUCUUCUACUAUGUGAAGAUUACCAACAGCACUCAAAGGGUACUCUUCAAGUUGAAACAGAAUAUUUCUGUUAUUGUUCCUUAUCAGCUCCUUGGCACAGUGGUGGGAAGCACCAUAAUCAGUGGAACUGUAGUUCUUACUGGAGACCUGACUACUCAUGUAAACAACACAUUCCUUACUGAGGAGUGCCCCUCAGAUGGGUACUUGUUUAAUUUCUUGUUUAUGUACAAUGUAUAUAUAUAUCUCUUUAAUGUGUUGCCAUUCCUGAUUAUGUUAACCUGCAACUUACUUAUCAUCAUCAGCCUUAGACAACAUACCUGUAGGAUGGAGACAAGCCCCACUGCUUUGAGCAAUAGUCAUUUUACUGUUUAUAUUCGAGUAGCUAAAAUGAGUGCCUCUCUCAUCUUCGCAAAUAUCCUGUUUAUUGCAGAUCAAAUUUAUUUUGCUGUAAUGCUCCAGUGUAAACAGACUGCAUUGGAUUACACACUUUUGUUGUACCUUAUGAUAUAUCCUAUUAUUUGUACAGUCCUCCUUAUAUAUGGCAACACAAAACUAAGAAAGGCAUGUGUGAACCUGUGUCAAUGGAUAAAUAGCACAGAAUCUGCCAAAAUCCAGGUAUCUGCUUUGCUUAUAUUUUCUCUUUUUAAAUUAAUAUCUGAUUUGGAGAAGUCGUAG